UGGGCGUGGCUUGUGCCUGGGCAUCGCGAGGAGGUGGGGAAAUCAUGGCGACUGCCGGGGAGCAGAAUCGGCAGGACGAGGAAGGAGAAGAAGAGGAGGAGCAGUUGGUUCUGGUGGAAUUGUCAGGAAUUAUUGAUUCAGAUUUUCUUUCAAAAUGUGAAAAUAAAUGCAAGGUUUUGGGUAUCGAUACUGAGAGGCCUAUUCUGCAAGUGGACAGCUAUGUCUUUGCUGGGGAGUAUGAAGAUACUCUUGGGACCUGUGUUAUAUUUGAAGAAAACAUUGAACAUGUGGAUGCAGAAGGCAAUAAUAAAACAGUGCUGAAGUAUAAAUGUCAUACAAUGAAGAAGCUCAGCAUGACAAGAACACUACUGACAGAAAAGAAGGAAGGAGAAGAAAAUAUAGGUGGUGUGGAGUGGCUACAGAUCAAGGACAAUGAUUUCUCCUAUAGACCCAAUAUGAUUUGUAGCUUUCUGCAUGAAAAUGAAGAUGAAGAAGCUGUAGCUUCAGCCCCAGAUAAAUCGUUAGAAUUGGAAGAGCAAGAGAUACAAAUGAAAGAUAAUUUAAAUCUAAGUUCUGAACAAGAGAAAUCACCACACUUGGAAUUGGAUGAUUCUGGUCCUCUUACUGCUAAUACUUCUGAGGUAGAAGGUUCUGUUUUUAUGGAAUCUCAGGAUACUGCCUAGAAAUCACGCCUAGGUGAUAAUGUUUCUCAAAACCAUGAAAUUUUUAUUUUUAGAAUUUUUGUAUAAAAUGACUAUAACUUUCAGUUGUUCACUAUUAUUUUUUGUUGACUAUAUACACAUUCCCCAGUGAUAGCCCAACUUAAUAUACCAGGAUCAUAAAGAGCCAGAUAUGAAUUGAAAUUUUAAAAAUAUGAUUUAAAUGAUUAUAGGGAUCCUUCUUUGAUGAAUUCUUUAAACUGGAGGCUUUACUAAGGUAAGUAUCUGUUUUCUAUUGCCAUAUACACAAAUCACCACAGACUUAGUGACAUAAACAACACAAGUUUAUAUUCUUGUAGUUUUGCAGGUCAGCCAUCUGACAUGGGUCUCACUUGACCUAAAAUCAAGGUUGUUGGCAAGACUUUGUUCUUCGUGGAGGCUGGGAGUGGAAUGGGGGACUUUUUUUCUUUGUUCAUUUACUUACUGGCAGAAUUAAAUUUCUUGCAAUUGAAGGGUCAAGGUCCCAUUUCCUUGCUGUCAACUUAGCAUCUAGCAGCUAUUUGCAUUCCUUAACUUGUGAUUCUCUUCUCUUCAAAGCCAUUAAUAGUCAAAUCCCUCUUUUUGAGCCUCUUCUGCUACUUCCUUUAUCCUCUGAUCAGCCCUUUGUCUUCUACUUUUAAAGGUCCAUGUGAUUACAGUGGGCCUAUAUGGAUGAUCUCCUUAUUUGAGGUCUGUAACCUUAAUUCCAUCUGCAGAGUUCCUUUUUUUUUUUUUUAAAGAUUUAUUUAUUUAUGCAUACAGAACUGGGGUACAAGCCAGA